AUCUCUGAUCAUGACGUAUGCGGAAGUAAAUCGAUGUUUACGAAGACGAAAGCUGUGAAACUUAACUUGUUUCGUUUGAAAGUAGUGUUGGAAUGGUUUCAUUGAUGUUUUAGAGCUGUUACAUUAAGAUGGAGGGAUCUAAAGGGACCGUUAACGGCCAACACCAGAACCUUGAAGAUUUUGCAAAAUGUUUAGUCGAACUUUCCCAGGGAAUCACUCAAGAACAUCGCAAUCUAUUAGCAAAGGAAGACGAGUACAAGCGAACCAUAGCAGCCUUACAAGAAGAGAAACGUGUUCUCACAAUAACAGUGGAGCGUCUGACUGAAAAAAAUGAACAAAAGUGCAGUACAUCUGAAACUGACCAAGAAAGGAAAUGCCUUCGUACAGCUGAACUUGAAGAAGAAUUAGAGGUGUGUAAGUUUCACUUACAAAAUGGCACAAGACAAAUUCAACAACUACAGUUGAAAGAAAAGGAGCUUCAAGAAAGAGUUAAAGAGUUAGAAACUAAUCUGGAGAAGAAACACAAUGAGUUUAUGGUACUGAACUCUGAAAAAGAUGAACGUUUGCAUACCAUGAAUAACGAGAAUAAUGAUCAUUUGAAGCGAUUACGGGAACUCACCAAUUUAAAAAUUACUGCAGACAAGGAAAUCACACGCCUGAAAGAAAGAGUACGAGAACUGGAGACGACUAAAUUACAGCGAGCAGAAGAGUGUGAAGAGGAGCAACAAAAGACGCGAACAGAGCUGGCGUGUAAUCGCCAGGAACUGGAGGACACGAAAACAAGGUUAAGCAAGUUGCUGGGUCAGAGGCUGACGGACGCCAACCCAAACAUCGCGGACCUGAGUGACCAGAACCGGCCUACGAAGUUGGCGGAGCGUUACUCAGAGCUAUAUGAUAACCAGUGGACAGAGGCCUUCGAGACGUUAGAUAGGAUGUACUGUGAUGAACAACAGUCCAUAUCACACCUGUUUAAUAUACUGAAGAUUACUUUGGAGUUUUGCCAACAUGAAGCAAAGUCCCAGAUGGGUUUACUGAAGAGGGCGCUUGUUUUAGAUGACGACAGAAAGGCAGACAGAGCUUUGUCACUGGUCCAGAAGCAACUAAAGGAUUGCAGAAAGACUUUUGCCAAGGAAUCCGGAACUUCUUUGUUUACGAAAUUCAAAAUGAAACUUCAUCAAUCGAACUCAACAGUCGAACAGAAUGCUUUAGCUGUGGAUAGUUUCCUGAAAGAGUGUUUCACUUUAUGCUGGCUGAUGUGUGUACAGGAUCCUCCUGUUGUGUUUGGUCCGUUCCCCAGACGGGGAGAUCGAUUUGAGACCGAUGCAUACAAGGCAUACACAAGCAGCGGUCCUUUUGUGGACUUUGUUGUUUGGCCUGCCCUGUAUUUGCAUGAAGAUGGUCCAGUUUUGUGCAAAGGGAUCGCUCAAGGCUUAAAACGUAAUGGAUUUGAUGGUCGAAGGACACAAGAUAACGAAGUCCACACCUCAGAGCAAGUAAGCGAACAAAACAUGCUUCCAGAGGUUGAAGUAGGAGAAUUUAAAGUUGUAGGCGGAAAUGCAUCUACAAAGGCCAACGACCAAAGUACAGCAGUAACAGCGGCUGAUGUACAGCGAUUCUUUCAGCUUAUGGGGCGAUACAAUAACGAUAAAUCGAAAAUAAUAAGUGAACUCGGGGAGAACAAAUACCGGGCGUGUUAUGAUCACAUUACAUCAAAUUUCGGUACAACCGGUUUGCCUCCUAUAUGAGGAAUUACAUUUCCAAUAGAAUAGAUCUAGACCUGUGAUGAAUUCAUAUUAAUACAACAAAAAUAUAUGUACACCCUUGAAAGAGGUUUGGUUAAAGAUGAUUAUUCGACAAAGCAACAGUAUACGGUGAUUGAACGUUUGGAAAAUUACACCAACUUAUCAAUAAGUGGAAGGAACAUCACGUAAUAAAGGUGAAUCAAAUACUUAAGGUGGCAUCAGUUAAGUGCAUUAAAAGUCGUGUGUAAAUAAAACAUUUCGAUGAAAUUGUUAUUUAAAUUGUUAAAGUGCAUGUCGUUGUAUAACUCUUCAAAGAACAUCAAAAAGGCUUAACUACUAACUAGUAAUGGUGUUGUUAGACAAAACAAGUCGUAUUUACUUUAGCGCCAUUAUUUUACCCUUUUCUUUAUGAUUUAUAAAGGAGACACCAAACUUCAGUGUUCCAUAUGUCUAUAUUAGACAGUGCAUCAUGGGUGUUACAACAAGAUACCAGCGUACUGAUCUUUUUUUAAGUCAACACGCCUUACAUUUGUAACAUGUAACGCGAUCGCCAUAUGACAGAAAGGAUCAGAAAGAGAAGCUGACUGACAUUUGCAUAUGACUGCAUACUAACAGAUCGAAGUAUUACCCAUGGACAUUAUGAACUGUUGACAUUGUGAAAACAAUUUGGAAAGUAUUUUACUGUAUUUGUAAGCAGGGACGCAUUUGUUUCAUAAUAGUGGAAUUAACUGUACAAAUAUAAAUAAACAAGAUAUGUCACAGAAACGAGACAAAUGCCCCCGGGUGACCGCGUUCGAUAGAUAGCCAUUGGUAUUUAGGCCUGCAUGUACAGAUAGCCUUCAGCAUCUACCAUAUUUCCAUGGUGACAUAUCCUACCUUCCCAUGUAGUUUGUUAAUAUUUAGAAGUCGAGAGCGGGUCAUUUUUGUACUUAUAAAAAGUAUGUGUAAAAUGUCAACUUGAACUUAAACUUUAAACGAAAGCCAACAAGCGUGUGCCAUUUUUGUUCUU